CAACAUAACAAUAUGAAUAAUGAUGAUAUAACCUAAAUUAAAGAAAAUGUUGGAAAUCGAUAAUAAUUUGAAAAAUUCAUUAAAACUAGCAAAUUCGAACGCCCUUAGUGAUGAAAACUUCAAAAAUUUGGUCCAGCACUGCUUUAAUGCCUUAACAAAAAAAUCAGAAAUAAAUAAUAUAAAUUCAUUAUAUGGAUCCAAACCGGAUACAGUUAAAGAGAUUUUUGCAAGUGUUAUGACUUUAAUAGCCCAAUUUGGUCGUCAAAAUUUAGAUCCUUUGGAGGUGGCGCAAUUUUUGAAAAAUGAGUGCCAUUUUAACGCAAAUAGAAUAAAAAUAAUUAGCGAGUUGUAUGAAGAAAACAAGAAUGAUUUGCUUGUAGUUUUAGGCACUAUUGGUUCUCAUUUACCUCAUAUAACGGAUGUUAAUUGGAAAAUUGAUUAUAAAAUUGAGUCCAAAUAUUUGGAGGAAGCUAGUGGACCUAUUUUUCGAAUAUCAUUGAUAACUGAAGUUUUUGAUGAGCAAUUACAAAAACCAGUACAGAAACCAAUUAACUUUACAUGCACUACCCAGGAAUUGCAGGAUUUAGUGUACAAAUUAAAAGAUGCUGUUAAUCAUUGUGAACGCAUUGCGAAAAAAGCAGAUAUUUCUGAGCCAAACGCUGUAUUAAUAAUAAGAAUUUUAGUUGGAAGUAAUUGGUAG